AUGCUAAAAAAUGAAGCAUUGCCAACAAUCGAGCAUCAAUUUAUUCCAAUACCAGCAUAUGAGCUCCAAGCAAGUAUUAUUGAACCACAAAAAUCAAUUUCAUGCCACAAUCACAGUGGAGACGACCAGCAGGAUAGUAUGCAAAACAGCAGCAUUGAGCAACAUGAAUUAUUUGAUUAUCUGUAUAAUCCUAAUAAUGCUACAAAUUACAAUGAAGAAAUGGAACAGGACUUGGAAGAAUCUCUGUUGAGUCAGCAGUCCAAUGAUGAUUUAAAUAAUAACGUAGCAAAAGAAACAACUAUACAACCAAUAGAGAGUUUUAGAGAUAUCCUGAAAUGUCCAAUGCUACCAUCUUUUUGGAUGCAUGUAGAGAAACCAGACGGACUAGAAUUUCUGCGAAUGGAUCCAUCAACCAAGGAAACAAAAAAUUAUAUACGUCUAAAUGAGGAUUUAUCAGUUACUGCAAUUUUGGAUUUCUUACAAUUUCUUGAAGAUUGGGAGAAAGUAGAAAAAAAACCUGUAUCAAGGAAUACGUUACUAGGAUUAAAAGUAACAUUGCACGCAACACUACAAAUAUCGAAAAUGUUAUACAUGGAAUGUAAUUACGAGUAUUUAAUGACAGCAACUUUGUCACAAGAUCCUUUAGAGAGAUUCUUUUCUGUAAUGCGACAUUCGUGUGGAGGAAACGACCACCCUGAUCCAAAAAUGUUUGCACAAGUGUAUCGUUUGGCUUCUUGUUUUUCUCUUGUACGUUCUCCAAAAAGAUGUAAUGUAUCAGGGAAAGACCUGCUAAAAACUUUAUUAGGAGCUCAAGGAAUUUUAAGUUCUCCCAAUAAAGACAAGGAAAUAUGGCUUCAAAAUAUUGAUAUUAUGGUUGAAAGUUCUGAACCAUUAUUGGAAGGUUCUUUAAUCGAUGAAUACCACGAUUACAAUGAGGCUGUAACCAGCGAUGCCGUUCAAUCAUACAUUGCUGGUUACAUAGUCCGCAAAUUGCGAAAGACUACGAAGUGCGUGAAUUGCUUACAAGCUUUACAAAUGAAAGCGGGAGAUGGUAGACAAUUACAGAGAAAUGAUGUCAUUAAUAAAAUGGAUUUAUAUGGUGGACUCAUAUAUGCAAGCAAUGAAUUAUUUGAUUUAACGAAACAAUUAAAAAAGUGUUUUGAGAACUAUUAG